GCAGUUCACUCGGUUCCUGGCUUGGCUCAGGAACAUUGUUACUUACAGUGUGUUGGUACUCGCAGGCCUCGGCUAGACUCGGUCUGUUAGGAGGAAAGUAGGUGUCGAAGAAGGUCCCCGUCCUCGAGGAGCUCACGUGCUUGACAGGCUCAAAAUGGUAGCAAGGAAACGGAGGACAAUAGAAAGGAGAAUCUCAAAAGAAAACAAAUCUGGCAGUACUGGGACACAGAUGUAAAAUGCUUUCUAUGGGGACUUUUGCUUCUGAUGCCAGGAUUCUGAAGAUUUACUUUUUUGCUUGCCUUACUGGAAGAUGACUAAAUGGUAUUGUUAAUGAAUCCUUCAGGAGGCUGGUGACCGUUACAUCAUGGGUGAAUGCUGUCAUGGACAACUUCAAAGGCUCUUUUUUGAAACACCACAAGCAGUUAAUGCACCUUAUAAAGGACUCCUGACCUUUUGCAGCUUCAUAACUCAUAUCUAGAUGUCACCAGUGUUUCCCAUGUUAACAGUUCUGAGCAUGUUUUACUAUAUGUGCCUUCGGCGCCGAGCUAGGACAGCUACAAGAGGGGAAAUGAACAGCCGGAGAGCUAUUGAAUCGAAUACCCGAGCCUUACCUGUCAAUGUUGAAAUCGUUCAGUAUGCCAAAGAAGUGCUGGAUUUCAGCUCUCACUAUGGUAGUGAGAACAGCAUGUCAUAUACCAUGUGGAAUUUAGCAGGUAUUCCAAAUGUGUAUCCUAGUUCUGGCGACUUUACUCAGACUGCUGUGUUUCGAACUUAUGGGACCUGGUGGGAUCAUUGCCCUAGCGCUCGGUUGCCAUUCAAGAGGAUGCCACCCACCUUCUGUAGCCAAGACUAUGUAGAACUCGCUUUUGAAGAACCAGUUUAUCCCACAGCAGUGCAUAUUCUGGAAACGUAUCAUCCUGGAGCUGUAGUUAGGAUUUUGGCAUGCUCUGCAAAUCCUUAUUCACAAAAUCCACCAGCUGACGUAAGAUGGGAAAUUCUUUGGUCUGAGGCACCUACAAAGGUGAAUGGUCCCCAGGCUCGGCAGUUCACACCUUGUAUCAAACAGAUAAACUUUCCCACAAACUUAAUUCGCCUGGAAGUCAACAGUUCUCUUCUGGACUAUUACACUGAAUUAGAUGCAGUAGUACUACACGGUGUGAAAGAGAGACCUAUGCUUUCACUUAAGACUUCAAUGAUUGAUAUGAAUGAUAUUGAUGAGGAUGAGGAUGACGAGAAGUAUGGCUGUGGAAUGGACACCCUUAAUAAACAGUUCAGCGUUGUUACCCUCAGGGAGUGGCCAACUAAUGGAUAUUUUGAUAAACUGCCUUAUGAGCUCAUCCAGUUGAUUUUGAGUCACCUUACAGUACCAGACCUGUGUAGACUAGCACAAACUUGUAAGCUACUAUAUCAACAUUGCUGUGAUCCUCUACAGUAUAUUCAUCUCAGUUUACAACCUUACUGGGCAAGGAUUAAUGACACAUCUCUGGAAUACCUACAGUCUCGCUGCACACUCAUCCAGUGGCUGAAUUUAUCUUGGACUGGAAACAGGGGAGCCAUCUCUGUUUCUGGAUUUAGCAGGUUCUUGAAAGUUUGUGGCUCUGAGCUAGUGCGCCUUGAGUUGUCUUGUGGUCAUUUCCUCAAUGAAACGUGUUUGGAGGUCAUUACUGAACUGUGUCCAAAUCUUCAGGAACUAAAUCUUUCAUCAUGUGAUAAGAUACCACCUCAGGCUUUCAACCACAUAGCCAAAGUGGGCAGCCUUAAGCGUCUCAUUCUUUACCGAACGAAAGUGGAGCAAACAGCGCUGCUCAGUAUCCUGAAUUUCUGUUCCGAGCUUCAGCACCUCAGUCUGGGUAGCUGUGUCAUGAUUGAAGACUAUGAUCUUAUAGCAAGUAUGAUGGGAGCAAAAUGCAAAAAGCUUCGCAGUCUAGAUUUGUGGAGAUGUAAAAACAUAACCGAAAGUGGAAUAGCAGAAUUGGCUUCAGGAUGCCAGCUUUUGGAAGAACUUGAUCUUGGCUGGUGCCCUACAUUACAGAGCAGUACAGGCUGUUUCACCAACCUUGCACGUAAACUCCCAAACUUGCAAAAGCUCUUUCUUACAGCCAACAGGUCUGUGUGUGAUACAGACAUUGAAGAGCUUGCAGCUAACUGUACUCAUUUACGGCAACUGGAUAUAUUGGGAACGAGGAUGGUAAGCCCUGCAUCUUUAAGAAAAUUGCUGGAGUCUUGUAAAGAUCUUUCUUUACUCGAUGUGUCCUUCUGUUCACAGAUUGAUAAUAGAGUUGUCCUAGAACUGAAUGCCAACUUUCCUAAUGUGUUCAUAAAAAAGAGUUUCACCCAGUAACUCACUACAUAUGCUGCUAUGGAAUUCAUUUGACAGAGUUGUUUCCUGUGAAUUUGUGCUGAUUUUUUAAAGAAGAACAUAAAUCCCCUAUGAAAUAGUGGAAAGUAUUAAUUAUCUGCACAAAAUGGGUAAAAAUAUAUUUAAAUACAUUAUGCAUUUCCUAAAGAGUUGAUAUUGUACCUAGUAAUUGUUUUACUCCUUGUUAAUUGGUGGCAUUGCAUGUUUUAAGUAGUAGACAUGUAUGGCUUUAAUGAGAGGAAAAUUAAAAAUGUAUUCUUAUAUGUCCCUUUGUAGGGUGUUCUAGACAAUAAAUUAUCAAAGCAAAAGUUAAAUAUUUAGCUGUAAGAGAAAGAUGGGUGUUUCCUUUUAUUUAUUUAUAUAUAUGUGUGUGUACACAUGCAUAUAUAAACACACACAAAUAUAUAUAUACACUGUAGCAUUUUAAUUUGGCCUGCAGUGUAAGAUCUUAUUAUUGGCCUCUAAUUAGCUGUUCGAAAAAACUAUUUAAGCUUGUAUAAGAAUGGAUUGAAAAGACAUUUUUUCUUCUUCAAUUUAUUGGCAAUGGCUUAUAUGUGAUACAUUUUUCUCCCUUCCUCCACCUGAAAUAGAUAUAGUGAUGUUUUACAGUCCAGCCUAAGCGACACAACAGAUAAAUGCAAGAACCUUCCACCUGAACUUAUAGCAGAAAGGAAAGAGAAAAUUACCAGCUGCUUCUUGGUAUUGGAUAUAAAGUUUGAGCCAGGUACUUAGUGUCAUAACUGAUAAUUUGUAGAAAACUCCAUAACAAUUUUCUUCUCAAAUUUCUCUCAUGGUCAAGAUUGUGUUGAUACAUCUGCUUAUCAUGCAAAGUACCAUAAAAAUCAGUACUUACGAUAAUGCAUUGGCAACUGUCCCUUUUAUUGGAAUCAAAUCUGCUGUCAAGUGUAAAAGCAAACAUUUUUGUUCAGUAAAAUAGCAAUGAAAAUACACUGUUUGUGAAACAAGGGCAAUAUGAUUUGGUAACUUACUAGUUUAAGGUAUUUGUUUUGUUUCCUGUUCUUUCCAAGAGAGGUGAUAGCUCCAGGUACUGUUGGACUCUCUCUCUCUCAACACUGUUUAGCCUUUGGAGAAGGAAGGCUGUGUUGAUGGAGGAAUUCCAGAGCUUUCUUCCUCUUCCUCUUGCACUUCCUUGGAUGAAAUUUUCCUCUUUUUUUUCCCCCCCCUCGAUAACCACUGCAAGAGUAUGUUGCUAUUUACAGCUUGAGUUUGUAACUGUACAUUUUUAGCUGUAUGUUGGUGAAUGUGGACCAUGAAACAUCACCUGUCAUUUGAAAUUGCCAUCAAGGCAGAAAUACUGGACCCACAUAUUUCUGAUUACCUACAGGAAGAAAAGGCAAAAUGUUUUGUCUAGCAGAAGUACCUUAUUACGCCGAAGAUCACUGGCAAAGAAUACUUCAGUUUAUACAUCAGUAUAAUACUUCAGUAAAUAACCAUCCACUAGUAGAGGAGUGCUACGAAUCAUUGAGGAUUUGGCAGUCUCUGACUCUUGAAUGAAUGCUCUGAACUCUUUGUGCUAGUGCCAAAACUUUAUAAACCAUGUCAUGAGACAGCUACAGAACACUUACCUGAUUUUUAUAAAAAGACCUUUUUUUCUGAUUUUAAAAUUUACAGAAUCUUUUGAGAAUUCCAGAUCCAAAGAAGGGCAUGCACAGAUGUCUUUUUUUUAUCCCCCCCCCCCCUUCUUUCCAUACAGAUGGCACUACGGGAUUUCCAGCUAGGUUAUGCCAUUCCAUUUUUUUUCCCCAGAAACGUGGAGAUCCUUAAAAAUUUUUAAAUUUAGAUUUUUUUUUCUUCCUCACUGACAGAUGUCAGCUUUGGUGUGAUUCUGUGCAAGACCUCAUUUCUUUCAGUCAGGUGUAGAUUGGUUUAUGUUUCUGGGAACUUAACUUUUAAUAUUAUUUUUAUCUAGAAGUAAUAUUAUUCAUAGUGACUGAGGAUUAAACAUUAUUGUCCUAGUUAUAAGACAAUACAGGUUCAGACAAUGGGAGUUUACAAAUACCGAUAUUUUACAAUAAAUGUGGGGUUUUUUUUGUUGUGAAAUUUCACUUCUCAGGGUGCAUCUGUAUUUUUAUCUCCUUUUUUCUUAAAGAUGCUUCUUGUUGGUUUUUCACUCUAAAUAGUAAUGGGAUGUGGAUGAAGCGAUAUCCAUUGUGCCUUCAAACUGGUAAAGUAGGUGAAUAGUUAGUUUACUUCUACAGCAUCAGUGAACUGCAUUAAAAAAUGUACAUUUACAGUCAUGUGUGUGUAAAGGAUAUAAUUCUGUAUUGCUGUUUAAGAAGUAUAAAGGAGGUUUAAAUUGACAUUUCAUUGUUCAUUCUAAAGUAUUUGUUAUUUUGUGCCUUCUGUUUGAAAUUCUGUUUGUCAGGAAUUCUGUAUUGUAACUCGAAAGAUCACACUUUAGGAUUAAUUGAAACUUGCUUUUUAUUUGUACUAUUUAAAACUUAGCUAUUGCUAAUGUGUCAUUAAUUCAAAUAGCUGAAAAAUAUUUCGGGGAAGAGACAACUGUUUUACCUGUGGCUUUAUACCUCCAAGAAGUCUUCCAGCAAAGACAGGAGAGACCAGGCUUGACAUUCCUGAUAUUUCAAGAUUAAAAAAAAAAAAAAACUUUUAGACCUUCCUUGUACAUUUUAAAGAAGCAAGAAUAGGUCACUGUCUUUUUAGUUCUGUUAUUUUGUACAUAUAUAUAUAUACAUGCAUGUAUGGUAUAUGUAUAAAUAUUUAUACAUAUGUGUGAAUUUUUAUACAUAUAUAUGUAUAUGUAUAUAUGUAUAUAUUUAUACAUAUAUAUGUAUAAAUCUCAACAUUUUCAUGUAGUAAUUACUUUUGUGGAGUAACUAUGAUAGCAAAAGGUGUUUCUUAGCAAUUUUAUUCUAAAAUGUUGUUUUACUGUAUCUGGAGACUGAGUUCUUAUCUGUCCAUGCAACAGGAAAAGCCAGGGCAGUAGGUGUACUGGUUCUCCUGUGUUGCUUUCUGAAGUGCCUUUUCGUUCCUCUACAUGUGAAAGAUAUUACAGGGUAUCAUAGAGUGUGAAUGCAGAGUUUAACUACUGUGGAUUGUGUCUAUGUGAAACAGUCCUUUAGAUGGAAUUUUUCUCAAGUUUUGUUUAAUCCAAAAUGAGUGAUGCUAAAUCAGCUAAAGAAUUUUAAUUAUCCUGGAACUUGGUCAUCAUGUCCCACAGUAGACCGUCGCUCAGCCACGUUACCUAAAUACUGCUUUUAAGGAUAUUCCAUUUUUUAUUUUGUCCUCUUUCUUAAGCAUUGUAGACAAUGUGCUUUGGCAAUAGAUGUUAAAAAAAAAAUAGACGUAGAAGAAAAAGGCUUGCUGUGAAGAGCCCGUGCCCUUAAACUAAGGGGAGACUUCUUUACUAUGUGUGUGUAGUUGGCAUGGGAUCUCAUAUAGGUAAAUAUGACAUUAUAUUUGCUCAUUUUAAAAAUCAGUGUUCAAAUUUUACCACUUAAGACAUCUUCCCAAUUCUUGAAGGCUUCAAUUCAAUAACAUACUUGCUUGUAUUUGUAAUCCUGAACUGUCUGACUAAAUAGCUCUAUAAAAAUGAGUGGGACUUUUCUCUUAAGUUAUGCACAUGAUUACUCACAUUAGUGAACAGAUCUUAAAUGGAAGAACAGGUUUUCAUAGGAGUUUGGACCUUAAGCUUGUGCUUAGAAGCACAAUUUCAGACAAAAGGAGGGAAAAUGCUUGUAUUUACUGCCUGAUUCUUUCCUUGGGACUCUCAUGCCAGCUUUUCUAGAUAGAUGAUGUCCAGUAAUCAUGGUAAGUAGUGAGUGAAAUGUGUUGCAUUGCAUGUUAGCUAUCUGAAAGUUAGACAUCUAGUUUAAGCUGUUGGAUCGCUCUGUUACUCUUCGAAGGAGCUGGGCACCUCCAGAGUUAUUCAUCUCAUCCUAAGAUAGAUAUCUAAGAAAAACAGAGUGAAUCAUUUUCUGGAUUGCCUCUCUGGAUACUGUGGAAACUGUGAUUUAGCUCAGAUUAAAUACUUAACAUUAGAAUACUAAACUGAGAUUAAUUCCACCCAGUGUCAAUACCACCUGCCUUGAAAUAGCAAAAAAGCAAGACUAUAACAACUUCCACCCCAAAACCUUAACCAAACAAAACCCUCCAAAUUCCAUCCAGAAAGAAGCCAAUUAAAGAGAUGAUGACAAUUUGAAAGUCACUUAUUUAAAUGCCAGGAUCUGCCCUUGAGGCCCUUGCAAAUGCCUGUAGUGUAGGGUUUUUUUCUUUUUAAUGAGCUGCAUCCUCUUUGCUUGUUUUAAAAUCUCAUGCGCCCAACUGGCUAUAUGUAUAGUUCUGCAAAAAUGCAUGAAACUAAUUGAAAAUCAUGAUAUAGUGCAGCUAUUUUAAUAAUCUUUCAGAUUGCUGUAAUUAAGACUAUACCUAAUUUAACUGCUCUUCUGUCAUCAGAAAUGUUACCCGUUGUACAUAUGUGGAAACUCUGUUUAGUCCUGGUUCUUACUGUAUGUAUUUAUUACAUUUCAUAGGGUAAGUUUUCCACAUCACAUCUGCAGGAUUACAAAAUCUAGAUGAAAUGUAGCAUUUUAUUAUAAAAAGUAUAUGUGUGGAUGGGGACGGGGGGUUGUUUUGUAUGUUCAUUAUUACUCUUUUGCAAUGAUUGUAUAAGUUGUAGCUUUUGGAAUUACUGUGUUAAAAGAUGUCAGGUUUAAUGCAUCUGUACAUGCUGUGUUAGACACAAUUGACACCUUUCCCCCCAAAAAAGUGUUUUACCUUGAUGGUAAUUGCUAUGGUUUUAGGUUUCUGACUUGAAAAUGGAAGGGCUCUUUAUUAGAAAAUAUUACCACACGUAGGACAAAUUCUGAUAACUGCCACUUAAGAAAAGCUAAGGCAUGAGUCUUGCAUGUGUUACAGAUCCUAAGGAUCUUCAAAGAAGGGCCUGGGCAAGAGGUGGCUCUUUUUAAGAAGAGUCAACCUCAUUAAUAGGAGAUAAUGGUAGAAUCUUUUCGUUUAGCUAGUGGACAAAGUACUAUUACUUCAGUUUAAGUUGUGUAGCUGUAGUUUUCUCCUGUCUUGUUUUCACUUAAUAAUGAUAAAUGGCAGUGUUAUGAGAGACAUCCCAAGCUGGAGAGGAUCUUUUGUGAGGAAUGAAGUUUUUCUUCCACUUUUUGUUACUUUUUUCUACAACCAACCAACCCCUUCUCCCAAACCUUAACUAUUUGAAAGUUCUGUCUUUUUUUCUUGAAUACUAAGGAAAUACCAAAUGCUGAGAAAGCUGGGAAAUAAAGCAAGGGAAACUUCUAGGGGAGCAGCUAUGAAAUUUCAUGAGCAAGUGGCGAGCGCUACUUGCAGACAUGAAGAAAGAAAUGCAUUGCCCUAAAUCAGCUGUUCUCUUUCCCAGAAAUUUAGUUUCUCCCAUACAUUUCAUAUAACAUUUCUUUAUAAAGUCAAGAUUUAGCAUUUGGGCACUCCUAUUAUUGAGCUUUCAUGUACAUGUUUGUGCAGUAAUUUCUGAUGUCUCUCACCUUUGUUUCAUUUUGUAAGAACUACAUAAAAAUAGGCUUUUUUCUUCACCCAGCUCUGCCAACCUGUAUCUUUACUAAAAUCUGAAAUGAUUUUGUGCACAUGUGCUUGUGUGCGCACACACAGACUGUUAAUUGGUUAGGAUUUUUGUAAUUGGUUCUUUUUGGAGGACAAAUAAACUUUGCAGUUGUGAGAUAAAAAUGGUAGCCUGAGAUCUGCCCUUUGAUUGUUUUAUUUGCUUCAGUAUACUGAUUGCUGAAGAUGAUGGGGCAUGGGGAGAAUACCUAUUUUAAGAAACUUGAAUCAUGUUCAUUUGCUUUUUUAAUGAGAAGCAAUAUUUUUCUUAGCUUAGGAAAACCUAAAUGUAACUGUUGUUAAUAUAAGAAUUUGGUAAUGUUUCCAACGUACAGUUUUGUAAUGCACAAAACACACCAGAUUAUUUUACAGUAGGAUUGUCACUGUGAAGUCUGAAAGUUAGACCAUGGAUUAAGAUAACAAUCCUUAUUUUUGUGUACCAACAAUAGUUUCUGUUUAAAAACUGAGUAAAAUCAUCUAUGUUAGGAACUGUUAAGUUUGCAUGUUUUUAUUUUUAGCAUUUGUUUCCAUGGAUCUUAUAAGUCAGGAUCACCAUAGCUUAGGUGCCAUUUUUUUCUGCUUACUCUAUUGGAAACCGAGUGUAGUGGUUGAUUAUUUAUCAUGUCAAAACAUGAAAAUUUGAAUUCAGCUGAGAAACAGGACAAAGUUAUGGAACACUGAACUGUCAGAAUUUUAGGGAGGUACUGUGUAUAGCUGUGGUGAAUUUACCGUCUUUUGUGUAUUUAUUUACAAUUAUACAAUUGUCAAGAGCUUUUUACUAAAGACUGCUUUGCUGUCAAAUAGUACAAUUCUCUGCUUACUGUCCAGAGAUGAGUUCUCUGUAUGGGACAUUCGUCUCUCUAGAUUUAUUUUCUUCAGUGCAGUGCAGCACACUUCUGCACCAUAUGCACUGUUCUGAAAUGAACAGAGGCAAAUUAAAAAUAGCUGUUUGGUUGUGAUUUGGAAAGUAGUGGCUUGUCUAUACUCAGAUUUAUUUUGGAAUAGUUACUGAAAGUGAAUUAAAAUAAUCAGGAGUUUAGUGUGUCCACAGGGAGACCUUGCACUUUUUGAUUUAACUUUUAAGUAUAGACAAGUCCUAAUUACCAUCUGUCCCUUGAGCCAUCUUAGUGAAAUGGGUUUGAUGAUCACAUUCUAGUUCUUAGUGAACACAAAAACACUACAGCUCUUUAGAAACUUACGGCUUUUUAUAAUCCACUUUAAAAGGCAGGUAGAAGAGUCAGGGUGUAUAGAGGCUGGCCUUGUCUCUACAAGUGGAUCUUCUAAUAGUCAGCUGAGGCAUGUGCAGUUGCCUGGGGAAAUGGCCUGCUCACAUUUAUUCCUGUGUGGGGGUGAGAAGGAUUGGCACCUCCAGGCCUCCAAGCUAAAUGCCUGAACUCAGCACCUGAAAUCACUUAAAUACCUCUGUCACCCCCCCCCCCCCCCCGAUAGCCAGCAAUGGGACGCUUGCACAGUAUUUAUGAUUUAAUAAUAUGCUCAACAAUAGAGUUUGAGUAAUGUCAUAACAAACUGUUACUGUUUUACCUUUUGAAAGGACUAAUUUAUAUAAAAGGUAGAAGAACAGCAAUAGAGAGAACUGUUCCAAACACUAUGUGUAAUAGUUUUGCUGUGUGUGCUAUGCCAGUAAGCACUAGAAGCAAGCAAUGCCUUUUUUAAUAACAGACUGAGAAGGAAAAAAGGGGUAACUGCUUCUAAGCAUGUGUUUAUAGCUGGAGGGUAUUUGAAUUAUCAAAUUUAUAAAUAGCAUGGGUAGGUACGAAAGUUAGGAAAUUAGUCUCCUAGGGUCCCUUUACUCUGGAUGGAUAGGUUACUCCAAAGGGUAGUUUGGAUCAGAAGAUCAAUCUUAAAUUGAGGACAUGAAGUCCAUGUAGGCCAUAUAGCACCUCUGUUGGAAGCUAGCUUCCUGAACUAUAGUCAGGCUAUCCUAACACGCGUGGGUUGAGGGUAAGAGAUUGCUUAUCCCUUGAUGCUCCUCAUUAGCCCCCUUGCUCCUCUUGCUUUCACCAAUGGCCACCGCUUUCUCUGUUCUGUUGAUUGAACUCUAUCUGAUUGCUCCUUAUAAAAUGGCAUGGCUAAAAGUAGAAAACUUUUUUUUUCCUAAUAGUCAAGUGUUUUAAAUCCCUUUACCCUACCAAGUUAGGUGUUAAAACCAGUGGAAGGGACAGGAUGGUAAACUUCAGUGAGAGAAUAGCAAGACGCAGGUGGGAUCAUGUUUAUUGGGCACAUGUCUUAAUUUGGGUGAUCAGAAACCAGGACAGCCCCUUUUGAUUGUGUUUUAAGGCUCCCUAACUUCUAAAUACCUCCGUUACUUCCCUCUCACUACUGCCUCCAAAAGCUGUCCAAACUGAGGUUAUUUUCAUCUCAUAAUGGUGAUUCAAGCUCUAAUGUAUGAAAUGCUAGUGUGAACAUACAAAUCAUACACUAUACAAAUUCCUAGCUGAGAUCCUUUGGGAAAAUAGACUUCAGAAAGUUUAAAUUAGGAAAGCUAAUAAGAAUAUAAUUAAGUCAUGGCGAAGAGGGUGGUUAGCAAGGCCAAAAGCAGGAGGUGAUGGUGGAGAGAGUAGGUUCAUGGAGGUGUUCGUAAGGACUGUUUUCUGCUGUUGGUUACAUGGGCACAGGAAGCUAACAUCCACUUAUUUUGUACGGUUGCAGUCCCAAAUAUAGUCAAUAUUCUAAGAGCUGUGUCUGUAGGUACCAUUCCCAAAUUUGUUCUCCAGGUUGUCAUUCCAUAAGUCAUACACAUUCAGUAUUAACCCCAUUUUCCCUUUGGUGCAUCUCCUUCAGUAUACGAGCGAUAUUUACCUUAGCAUCUUUAUAUUUGUUUUUAAUGUUUCCCUCUGAGACUUGUGCAUUUUAAAUACUUAUACAAGUACUUGAUUACAGUGCAGAAUGAUGUCUUUUUCCCUCUGUGUUUUGUGUUCUGCUUAAUCAAUAGUAAACUGAAGGUAUGUUAUUAGUAUACCAUUUGUGUUCAGAUUACCGCAUCUUCUCUGUAUGUUUAACUCAAAGGUCUCUGUUGUGUAUAUGCUGUUAAAUGUACCAUCUUCAGACACAGCUCAGACCCAGAUACUUGACUCUUUCUUAUUCAAAUAACUUUGAUUUGUACCACUUAAUAUGCACUUAUAGUGUAAGUUGUACACACAGAAAAAUGGAAAGUUAUCCCUGUAUUUAUAAAUUGGAUUCAUUGUGGAGAAAUCAUCUAAUGCCUUAUAUUACUAACUCAAAGCUAGUUUUGUUUUGUCUUAAAAAGUGAGUUACAUAUUUACACACACCAAUUAUUUCUAUUUAAUAAAUUAAGCCUGUUUUAUUGUGACAUGCUGGAUCAUUUAAAAUAUAAUAAUGUUGUACAGUUUUAUUCUGUUACUAGCAGUAUAAAGAAGAUGAAGUUAAUGUCCUCACUGAGAUGUCGCUGUCUGUUAAUACAGAGAUGACAGAAAUGAUGUGUUUAAAAUGUAUUCAACCUAUAGUGUUUAUCUUGCUUUGCAAACUUAAUUUGUUUCUCUUUGAUUGUGUUGCAAAUACCAAGUGUGCAUUAAAUAAUAAAAUGAUUUGUCUACA